GUGAAAUCCCUAACGUCAAACGUUCAGCCAUCUUUAUACUAUUUAUGAUUGUUGUUUACAAAUCUCAAUUUUAAUCUAAAAAACUGCAACCGCAGAAGACAUGGAGUCGCUAAUCGGCUACGGAAGCGACGACGACUACGACGACCACUCGCACUCAAGAAAACAGCACUCGUCCCAGGCCGACGCUAACUACGAGGAGGUUCAGAUGGAUCUAAGUGAGGACUCGAACGAUUCGGCAAAGUUCGAUAAGCGCCGGCAAUCGAAGGAUUACCACUCGAAAUACAAAGACGACGUGCCAAAGGAGAAGGAUAAGUAUAAGUACGAGCACGCUCGCUCCAGUCCGAAGUAUCAAGAUUCGCGCGGUAAAGAUCCAAGCAGAGAUCGUCGGCGGAGUAGAGAUCGCGAGGAUCGCCGAAGCAGAGAUCGCGAAGAUCGCCGAAGCAGAGAUCGCGAAGAUCGCCGAAGCAGAGAUCGCGAAGACCGACGAAGUAGAGAUCGGGAGGACCGGCGCAGCUGGGAGGACGAUCGCGACCACAAACGGGACAGGAGUCGCGACGAGAAGGCGAGGUAUCGGGACAAUCGCCGAAGCAAAGAUGAUUACAAAGAAGAUCGACACACAUACAGAGCGUCAAGUCGAGAGAGGCACAGAAGUCGUUCGCCGAAAAGGUCAAAGCGGUCGAGCAGUCGGGAGCGAGUCAGGGGCGGCUACUCGAAACGUUUCGACCGUUCCGGCAACAAAAUGGAUCGCCUCGAAAAGCUAGGCAUAGACUUGAAACCUGGUGCUGAAUCGGCGGGCAGCUCCGUAGAGGUUGCCGGCGACAAGGCUCAAGAUAAGGACAGAUUCUUCAUGCCGGGCAUCACCGGCAGAUUCACCGAGCAGAUACAGAGAAGAAAGAUGCUGUGGCAGAAGAAAGAUGCCGCGGCGCCCGCGAUCGUAACCGCGCCGCCCACCCAAACGCAAAAGGUCUGGCAGAACACUACGUUCGCGCAGGACACCGACGGUAAAGUCGCGAAUAAAUUCAAGCGUCUGAUGGGAAUCAGGGGCAGUCAGCCCGGUGCCACUAAACCCGCAAACGACAGCCUGCGAAAACAGGAGGAGAUGUUCACGUCAAUGGAGGCGCAGUACGAGGUGGCGCGAACCGCAACCCACACGAUGCGCGGUGUUGGGUUAGGAUUUGGCGCUUUUCAGCGGUAGAGCUGUGUACUAAUGUGUAUGUUAGCAGAUUACGCUUUGUUUUAAUGUUAUAUUGAUAUAAAUAAACUAGUGAUACAAAUCUUU